AUGAAACUUACACGCGCUCUUCUCAGCUGCCCUAAAUUUCCAGCCUUUCGUAAAGCUUCUACAGUGGAGCCCUUUGUCGAGCCAGUUUACGUCGAAACCCGACGAAGCUACGGAGGAAAUGACGUUUUCAUGCUGCGUUUGAACCGCCCUUUCAAGCAAAAUGCAAUCAACACUUUCAUGGUCGAGCAUCUUAUUGUGGCGCUCAAAGUCUUCCAGCAACGUAAUAGCUCCGACGCGGCGAUCCUCUACGCGAAGGGCGAGGACUUUAGCCUCGGAUACGAUUUGUGGCAUUUCGACAAGCUCUUCUGCAACACGGAAGCACUGAUUGACAGUCUCAAAAUCAAGAAAAUAAAAGCAUCAAAGUGUCCUACUUCAAAAGCUUGCCAAAAACCAAUUGUCACUGCGAUUCAUGGCCGCUGCGCGAACGGAGGGCUAGAAUUGGCCCUCAACUCUGACUCAAUUAUCGCUUCUGACGACGCUGUCUUUAGUCUCCUACAGUACCAAAUCGGACUACCCCUCAUCGACGAUGGACCGCAGCGCAUUGCUGAAAUACUCGGAGUCGACAAAACCAUCGAAAUGAUUCAAAAGGGCACAGAAUUCUCCGCCCAAGAAGCACUGGAGCUCAAGUUGAUACAACAAGUUGUGUCGAAGGAUGACCUCCAAGAAGCGGCGUUCGAUGCUGCGAGCACAAUUUCGAAGAAUAAAGGUCCCUUCAACGAGUCCUCAGUGUUCCGCACUGUCUACGCUGAGCUGGAGAAGAAUGAUGCGCUCGACUUAGUGAUCAAUCAGUCUUCCGAUCUCUUCAAAAUUCGCAAAGCGGCAGAAAGAGUUGCUUUCUGA